GAAAGCCAUCAUCCGCAUCCUCAAGCCCUUUUUGCCAUCUAACGCCCCCUUAUCCUGCUCUUCCCUCCUGCAGAUACAGCCCCUGGUGCGCCCCGCUCGAGGGCGAGAAGACCGCGAUCCGCGAGGACGCCAUCCUCGUUUACUGCAACAUGAGCCACGUCGUCAUCUACAAGAACGUCCACUACUUCAUCCAGAGGGAGAGGGCCUUCCCGACGGCUCCGAGCCAAGGACCGAGAACUGAGGCCCCGCCCGGAGCGAGACCCGCGAGCCAAGGUCCCAGUCGGGGUCAGAGCCAAGGGCCAGGAUCGCCCCCGAGCCAGCGACCGAAGAGCCAGGUCACAGCCGAGGCCGGGACCGAGGACCCGACCGACGCCGCUCGAGGGAAGGACACCAACGCCUCAGCCUCUCCCACCGACGCCUCCUCACCCACCUCGUCUUCCUCCUCCUCCACCAGCUCGUCCUCCACCUCACCGUCCUCCCCCAACACGAAGGAGGACCCCGAAGACACAGAGCACCUCAGCGUCAUCAUCUUCGGAACGGACUCAGCCUCACGCCUCAACAUGCGCCGACACCUGCCCAAGACGUACCAGUACCUGACGGAGGAGCUGGGCGCCGUGGACUUGGGGGGCUUCAAUAAGGUGGGGGACAACACGUUCCCGAACCUGGUGCCUGUCAUGAUCGGCCUCAGCAGCGCGGAGCUCAGCAAGCACAAGUGCGUCCCCGCGAAGGAGAAGUUCGACGACUGCCCUUGGGUGUGGAAGGACUUCAAGAGGAAGGGCUACGCCACUGCCUACAUGGAGGACUCCCCCUGGAUGGGCAUCUUUAACUACAUGCACAACGGGUUCGUGACGCCGCCCACAGACUACUAUGGGCGCGCUUUCUUCCUCGCCUCUGAGAAGGAAAUUGGGCGUGAGAAGCAUGGCAAUCGACUUCCUGGGCGACUAAAACCAUUUCCUUAA